AUGAGCUACAUGAAAAAAGAUGAGGAUGCGGAUCAGGUCAUGAUUAAGCUCGACCGCACCUCUGUGUUUCAAGAUGCUCGGCUUUUCAAUUCCUCACCAAUCUCACCGCGGAAAUGUCGUACUCUUCUUACCAAAAUCGCCGUCCUCAUGUUUACGGGGGAGCAAUUCCCGACCAAUGAAGCAACCACCCUCUUCUUCGGUAUCUCCAAGUUGUUCCAGAACAAAGAUCCCUCUUUGCGACAAAUGGUGUACCUUAUUUUAAAGGAAUUGGCCAAUACUGCGGAAGAUGUAAUCAUGUCCACCAGCAUCAUCAUGAAGGACACUGCGGUCGGUAGCGACGUUCUGUACCGAGCCAAUGCGAUUCGUGCUCUUUGCCGCAUCAUUGAUGGCUCGACCGUCCAAGGCAUCGAGCGAUUGAUCAAGACCGCCAUUGUCGAUAAGACGCCUUCCGUGUCAUCUGCCGCUUUGGUUUCUUCUUACCAUCUUCUCCCUAUCGCCCGCGACGUGGUUCGGAGAUGGCAGAGCGAGACACAAGAAGCGGCCUCCUCAUCAAAGCAAUCUUCUGGUUUCCUUGGCUUCGCGUCAAGCUCCCAAUCUCACAAUAUCACACAGUCCAAUUUCAUGAACCAAUAUCAUGCAAUUGGUCUGUUGUAUCAGAUGCGAUCGCAUGAUCGCAUGGCGCUGGUCAAGAUGGUGCAACAAUACGGCGCUGCCGGUGUUGUCAAGAGCCCAGCGGCCCUGGUGCUUUUGGUUCGGUUGGCAGCAAAACUGGCCGAGGAAGAUCCUAGCCUUCGUAAACCCAUGAUGCAGAUGCUGGAUGGCUGGCUCCGUCACAAGCAUGAGAUGGUCAACUUCGAGGCUGCCAAGGCUAUUUGUGACGUGCGGGAUGUUACCGAUGCCGAGGCUCAGCAGGCCGUUCACGUCCUCCAAUUGUUCUUGUCCUCUCCUCGAUCGAUCACCAAAUUCGCAGCUAUCCGCAUUCUCCACAACUUUGCCUCAUUCAAGCCGCACGUCGUGAACGUCUGUAACCCGGACAUCGAAUCUCUGAUCUCCAACUCUAAUCGAUCAAUUGCAACCUUCGCUAUUACCACCUUGUUAAAGACCGGAAAUGAGGCCAGUGUUGAUCGCUUGAUGAAGCAGAUUUCAGGCUUCAUGGCCGAUAUCACCGAUGAAUUCAAGAUUACAAUUGUCGAGGCGAUUCGCACGUUGUGUCUUAAGUUCCCUAGCAAGCAAGCGGGUAUGCUGACUUUCUUGAGUGGAAUCCUUCGUGAUGAAGGCGGCUAUGAGUUCAAGCGAACUGUUGUUGAGAGCAUGUUCGACCUCAUCAAGUUUGUUCCCGAGAGCAAGGAGGAUGCGCUCGCUCAUCUCUGCGAGUUCAUUGAGGAUUGCGAGUUCACCAAGCUGUCCGUUCGUGUUCUUCACCUGCUUGGCGUGGAGGGCCCCAAGACAGCGCACCCAACGAAGUUCAUUCGUUAUAUCUACAAUCGCGUUGUUCUGGAAAAUGCAAUCGUUCGUGCCGCUGCUGUUACAGCAUUGGCCAAGUUUGGCAUUGGUCAAAAGGAUCCCGAAGUCAAGUCCAGCGUUCAGGUGCUGCUCACGCGUUGUGUGGACGACACUGAUGAUGAGGUUCGGGAUCGUGCUGCUCUCAAUCUUCGUCUGAUGGGUGCUGAGGAAGAGACUGCUUCAGCUUUCAUCAAGAAUGACUCCAUGUAUUCUCUUUCUACGUUCGAACAUCAACUCGUUAUGUAUGUCACAUCGAAUGACAAGCAGACCUUUGCCGCCGCCUUCGAUGUCUCGACUGUACCUGUUGUCUCGCACGAACAAGCACUCGCCGAGGAGCGUACCAAAAAGCUUACUACUGCCACGCCUACGCUCAAGGCUCCAUCAGUAGGCCCGUCCAAGGCCAAGUCCAACGGGAUCGCUGAAGCUGCUACCGUGGCUGCUACUCAGAAGUACGCGGAACAGCUCAUGCAACAUCCCGACAUCAAGGAGUACGGCAGUUUGCUGAAGUCUUCCUUGCCUGUGGAAUUGACUGAGAGUGAAACCGAGUACGUCGUCACUGCUGUCAAGCAUGUCUUCAAAGAGAACAUCGUCGUGCAGUAUGACAUCAAGAACACAUUGCCCGACACCGUUCUUGAGAACGUGACAGUGAUUGCUUCGCCUUCAGAUGACGAGGUGCUAGAGGACGACUUUGUGAUUCCAGCUCCAAAGUUGUCUCCCAAUGAACCGGGUGUUGUCUAUGUCGCCUUCAAGAAGCUUGGAGGGGCACACAGCGUCCCAGUCACAUCGUUCACGAACAUUCUCAAAUUCACCAGCAAGGAGAUUGACCCAACGACUGGCGAGCCUGAAGAGAGUGGCUACGAUGAUGAAUACCAGGUGGAGGACCUCGAUCUUGCCGGCAGCGACUAUGUUAUUCCCACAUUUGCCGGCAGCUUCGACCACAUCUGGGAACAGACCGGUGCCAACGGGGAGGAGGAGAGUGAGACCUUGCAGUUGAGCAACAUGAAGGGCAUUGCUGAUGCUACUGAGCAACUCAUCUCUGCUCUAUCCCUUCAACCAUUGGAAGGCACUGAUGUUGCGCUAAACAACAGCACUCAUACCCUCAAGCUGUUCGGCAAGACCGUCUCUGGCGGCCGCGUGGCUGCUCUGAUCAAGAUGGCUUACUCAAGCAAGACUGGUGUCACCACAAAGAUCACAGUGCGAGCAGAAGAGGAGGGUGUUGCUGCGGCAGUGAUUGCAUCUGUCUCUUAA